CUCAGGGCGCGGCCUUGUACUUUUUCGUCUAAAUACCUUCGAUCAAAAGCAUGACUCAGUAUUACGUCGGCAGUUGGACGAGCCACACGUAAUAAACAAGAAAUGAGUUUUGCUAACAAGGUCGUCCUUAUAACCGGCGGGAGUUCCGGCAUCGGGGCUACUACGGCUGUUUUCUUUGCCAAAGAGGGUGCAGAUGUUGCUAUUGUGGGCAGAAACCAGACGAAAUUGAAGAAAGUAGCUGAAGAAUGCGCGAAAAACGGCAAAACACCACUCGUGAUUACAGCAGAAUUGAGCAGCGCUGAUGAUAUCAAGCGAAUCGUUGAGGAAACAGUCGAGAAGUUUAAGAAAAUUGAUGUUUUGGUGAACAACGCGGGUUUUGCAGUUGCCGGCUGCAUAUUGGAUGGGAAAGUAUUAGACGCGUACGAUGCUAUGAUGAGUGUUAAUGUACGAUCAGUUAUUCAACUCACGACUUUAGUUGCUCCUCAUCUGGUUAAAACCAAAGGGAAUAUCGUCAAUAUAUCUAGCAUAGCUGGGAAGAAGGUGACGGGGGCCGCUUAUAUGGCUUACAACGUGAGUAAAGCGGCUCUGGAUCACUUCACGCGCGGGGCAGCUUUAGAACUAUCUGCUUCUGGGGUGAGAGUGAAUGGAAUCAGUCCUGGACCUGUCAAAACUGACUUUUUUGACAACUGCGCAAUUCCUGUUACCGCGGACGCCUUGAGUACAAUUACGGCUUUGAAGAGAGUAUCAGAUUCGGAAGAAAUUGCGAAUUUGAUCUUGUAUUUGGCUAGCGAUAAGGCGAAAGGAAUAACUGGAUCAGAUUUCGUAUGUGAUAAUGGUGGUUUGUUAAUAUAAAAAAAAACUGUUUUUUUUAACAGACUUCACAAAAAAGAGGCGAUUUUCAAUUUGGCCAGUAUUUUUAAAAGCCGUAAGUAAUAAAUAUAUCGCA